AAACUCUUUCACCCAUUUUUUUCCUCCAUUAAAGAACCUUAAACGACAAACGACCUCGGAAGAAAAAUGUCCAACAUUUCCCCAAUCUUCACCAUCUCCAACUCUCAACAUCUCAGCGACUAUGGCUUCGAUCCCCAGCUCCACUACUUUCAGGUUAUGGAAGAAGCGAGGAAGCAUAAGAGAGAAACGUCAUCAAAAUCAUACAUGAACGGUCUUCAAUUCAAGAUCCAGAAACCCAUAUCAAAAGACAACCCGACCCGGUCCACAAUGCACAACGACAAGAAGAAGAAACGGUGUUGGUGGAAGAAAGCUUUGCCUUUCUUCAAAUGGCGGAAAUGGCCAAACUCCACCGUCGGCGUAAACGAAGAUCGUAGAGCCAGAAACUUUCGCACCGUAACCGGGUCGAUGUCAAUGUCGGGUCCGAUUUACGCAACGGAGAGUCUGAGCGGGUCAAGCACACCGUACCGUACGACGACGACGAGUAAACCUUCGUCGGGACCUAUAGCGGGAACAUUGACGCCGGCGAGGAGAGGUGACGUGGCGAACCCAUAUCUGAGCUUACGAGAGCUAAACAUGGACCAGCCACAGAGGAUUUCUAUCUCUUCUUCGCCCAUUUACUUGGUCACGUAAAAAGUUAACAACCCCUUACAAAAAAGAAUAAUUUAACUUUUCUUUU